CCAAUAUGGCCGACCGUUGGCUUCAAAGGCUUAUAAUGGCAAUACAUACCUUUUCUCCAUUCCAGGGUUUAUAUACAUCGUUGGUUACAGUGUAAUUUACAGGAACUAACUCAGUACUGCCGACAACAUCUGCUACCCGGAAAACUGACACACUCACGAGCAGCACGGACAGGUAGAGUUCGUUUUCUGAGAGCUGAAGUGUGUACCUGAUAAACACGACAAUGGCUAAACUUAAUAGCUGUUUCCAACGGCUUUUUGUCUUCUUCAACCUGCUGUUUGCGAUCGUUGGAGGUGUGAUUAUCGGCCUGGGACUUCUGGGUCAAUUCGGCUACAAUGACAGCACUUCAGAGUUUGAAAACCAGACCAAAGGGUUUCUGGUGAUGUAUCUGGUAGGAGGCAUCACCAUGGCCAUGUCUCUGCUCGGGGCGUACGGAGCACACGGAGGGAAGAGAAUUCCCCUGAUCGUGUUUCUGGCGGCCUGUUUUAUUUGCUGCUUCGGCCUCCUGCGUCUGGCGGUGCCCACAGCCAUGUACCGUUCGGAGAUGAAGCAGUUCGUGGAGGCGAAGUUCCGUGAGGCCCUGCCUCUGAACGAAGCCUCCCCUGAUGUUAGACAGUUCACCGAGAGGAUUCAGCUGAAUUUGAAGUGCUGUGGGCUGUUCAGUUACACAGACUGGGGCAACAACGUCCCUGACUCCUGUCUCUGUCAGGGGGAGGAAGAUCAGAUGGAGGGUACAUGCCUGAACAUUCAAUACCGGUUGUUGUUCCUUUCAGAGUACAGGAUGACUGGACACCAGAAGCUGAUCUACAAACAGACCUGCUUCCCCAUCCUCGAGGGCUACCUGGCUAAAGCUCUGGACAUCGUGUUGGGCGUUUUCUUCGGAUUCGCUGCUCUGGCUCUCCUGGGAGCGGUGAUGUCUGCCGUCCUGCUGGCUCAGCUGAGGAGCUCUACCGUAGCGGUUCCUGUGGUGUUCAGUGUCAGCUCUCACCCAUCCACGUUCGACUUCAGUUCCCACCCACCCAAGUACAGCAAGCUUUACGACGAGCCUGAGAAGCCUGAGAAGUGAAAAAGCAGACUGAGGUUCAGGAUGUGGUUAGUUAGAUGACAUGGUUUUAGGCUGUUGUUCAGUCCGGCUCAGCAUAGAAAUAUAACUACUAGAAUGGUUAAAGCCCCACAACCAUGGGGUAUGAUCAAUAUAGUUAAAUGGGGAUUGUCUUUCUUUCUAGUGAUCCAUUUCUAUGGUGUCCAGACUCCCACUGUUUUCCUUCCACAUCUUCUCAUGGUUGUUGUUGUGUGUUUUUUCAACGGAGAGGUCUCCUUAACUCUCUUACUGACUGUCAAACCAAAAAGGAAGGUGCUGCUUCCUUCUGUGUGUAAUUAGCUUUGAUUUGAGUUCUACGUUUUAAAAGAGAAUCACCACCGGUGGUUUUAUACACAUGCAGGGAAUUCUGGGUAAAAUGGUUGGGGAACGUUACGUUUUAUUUGCAGAAUGAGAUGCAGUGAACCGGCAGGGCGUUUUGAAAAGAGGAUAUCGCAAAGAGAGAACAACUCUGAGAUAAUAAUGAACCGGCAGGGCGUUUUGAAAAGAGGAUAUCGCAAAGAGAGAACAACUCUGAGAUAAUAAUGAACCGGCAGGGCGUUUUGAAAAGAGGAUACCACAAAGAGAGAACAACUCUGAGAUAAUAAUGAACCGGCAGGGCGUUUUGAAAAGAGGAUACCACAAAGAGAGAACAACUCUGAGAUAGUAAGGACAGAAUGUCAUUUCCAUAGGACUUUGAAUGUCAAAUCAUUUGCCUUGAAACUGCAGUAAUAAAGAGGGAAACGGAAGGGAAGGUUGACAAAUAGAAACAGGGAAAUAAAUAUCAGGAGCAGACAGAAGUCCUGUAGCUUUUUGCUCUGAAAUGGAACAAUGUUAAGUGUUUUGCUCUGAACUGUACAUCCUUAUAUGGAAUAUACAACAUGCCAACUGUCUUGCUCUCUAUGUUUCUAAAUAAAGCAUCUGUCUUCUA